UUGUUGUGUUUUGUUACUUUUGUCAGGGAAGUCUUAUCAAUGAAUUCAAAGCAAAGAGUUUUACAAGUGUAUAGUGUGCCAGGAAAGUGGUAUACUUUGAAAUACGUUUUUGUAGUGGUCCUGUUAGCUGUAAGAAAGUUUUUAGCAAAGUACUCACAAAAAAGAGUCUUAUCGCCAGGGUAUGGCAUCCAGUCUUGCAGCAACCUUGAGGAAAUGGAUAAAAGGAUACCACUUUCAUCUGAUCCUAAGGCCUUUGAUGCAGUUUACUUCAAUGGAGCAAACAGAAUUGGUUGGAAUAUAAUCAUAGGUUGUGCAUUGAGACCAAAAAAUGUGGAUGGUUUUUUAAUAUUAAAAGUGCCAGGCGUUGGUCUUCUUCUUUCUCCAAGGCUCCCAGACACAGUUCUUUUCAAGAAAGAAGAGGAUUUGAGUUGUUUCUCUACUGAUGGGUUAACUCUUACUCCAUUGAAACCAAUGCAGUUAUGGCAUUUGCAAUACAACGGAAAAAUGAGAUUAUCGCAUAAACCUCAUAAAAAAGUCAAAGUGGAAAUAGACGCUACUUGGGAGUCAAAUUUACCUAUUUUCAACUAUGACACUAAUGUUCUUACAAAAAAUAUUGCUAAAGCUAUGAGUAGAGAGUCGUGGUCUUCUCAGUACUUCAAACUGUUGAAAAAUUUCCACCAAACACAUUAUGAACAGUUUGGAGAGUUAAGCGGGAAAGUGAUUAUUGACGGAGUGGAUUUCAAACUAAAUAUGUCUACAAUGAGAGACCAUUCUUUUGGCCUGAGACGGGAGUGGAGAGCUUUUCACCGCUACAUGUUACUCAUGUUUACUUUAGCUGAUGGCACCUGUGGUACUGUUGGAAUUGUCUGCAUCCCCAACUUAUUCUCCAGAAUGGAAAUUGGCUAUGUAUAUGGGAAGGAUAAACGGUUAGAAGCUGUUUAUGAUGUGGACUUUGAUCUCUAUAAUCAUGGAGAGACUGGCCUUCCGCCUACAGAUUUUGGUCUGACAUUCUUCGCUGGAGGCAGACUUUAUGAGAUGAAGGUACAUGUGGAGGAGACGACCGAACUGUUCCUUGGGCUUACAUGGGAGGCUCGUAUUGUAGAGGGUCUCUGUCGUUUCUCCAUCAACAGGGUGGAUGGCUGGGGCUGUGUGGAAUGGAUGUAUGCUCACUCGGACGGGCGACCAUUUAAACAAACAUCUAAACAUCCACUAGCUGCUGAAUAGGUACUAGGUAACAUAUCACCAUACAACCAUACUUACUUUACUGCUUUGAGCCUUAUUUGGUUUCCGGUUCCGCUCAGCUGCUAGUAUAAGGACCAAUAUGUUUGAGAAUUAAUUAUAAUGGUAACAUAUGAUUAAUAAGAGCUGGAUUGUUAAGCCUCAUUAGUCUUAUGAAAGAGCAGCACUUGAAAUAUAAAAUACACCUUUUUCACUA